AUGCUAUUUUUGACAGGAGCUGCUGGAAGACAAAAGAACCCAAGACUACUGGCGAAAAAAGCUAGAGAAGAAGCUGAAGCAAAAGCUAAAGAAGCUGAAGCAAAGAAAGAGUAA